ACAUUCAUAUUAUAGGUGACAAGAACUGAUUGGUUCUCCAUGAUUUUAAUUUUAUAAUAUUUUUCCAUCCUGGUGCUAAUUGAAUUUUUAUAUACAAAAGGAAAGUCCUCAAGUUGAUGAAAAUCCCAUUUCAAUAUUUCCACAAAAAUGUUGAAAACGGUGUCUAGUUUUUGGUCAUGGUGCUGGUCUGUUUUCAACAACGAGGAGCAGAAAGUUUCCGCCGCAGUUCUUACCAUAUCAGUCGCUACAAUUACAUUAUUCUGCUUGUUAUUUCUCAGGAAACAAAAGAAAGCAACACCUCCAUUGCCUCCGGGCCCUUGGGGCUUGCCGGUAGUGGGAUAUCUUCCAUUUUUAGGCACUUUCCUGCACAAGAAAUUCACAGAAUUGAAUGAAGUGUAUGGUCCUAUUUGUAAGCUCUGGCUUGGAAACAAAUUAUGCAUAGUUAUCAGCUCACCAUCGCUAGCCAAAGAAGUUGUUCGCGAUAAAGAUACAAUAUUUGCUAACAGAGAUCCACCAGUGGCUGCUAAAGUUAUCACUUAUGGUGGGAAUGAUAUCCUAUGGUCAUCCUACGGUCCUGAAUGGAAGAAGAUCCGGAAGGUGUUUGUUCGAGAAAUGUUAAGUAAUUCAAAUCUUGAUGCUUGCUGUCCAUUGAGGGAGAGAGAAGUAAAGAAAGCCAUAACAUAUGUGUUUAGUAGAGCUGAUAAUAACUCAAUAAACUUUGGCGAGUUUGUAUUUGAAAUAGCUGCAAAUGCUAUUAUCAGAAUGUUGUGUGGUGGAACGCUUGAAGGAGAGAAAUUGGGUAGUUUUGUUCCAGAGUUUAGUAGAUUAGCAGAAGAGAUUAUGGUGCUGCAGGGAAAACCUAAUGUUUCAGACUUUUUUCCUCUGCUUGCUAGGUUUGAUUUGCAAGGUUUAGAGAAGCAAACAAGAAAGGUAUUCUUAUUUCUUGAGAAAAUUCUUAAUCCUGUAAUAGAGCAACGUUUGAAUAUGAGUGCCAAGGAUGAAAAGAGUGAGAAAAAGCGAGACUUCUUGCAGAUUCUUUUGGAUUUUAACAGGAAUGGAGAUGCUGAAACAUCAAUCACCAGCAAACAACUCAAAGCCUUGCUAAUAGACAUUGUGGUGGGUGGAACAGACACAACGGCAACCAUGCUAGAAUGGGCAAUGACAGAACUAAUGCUCCAUCAAGACGUAAUGAAGAAAGUUUACCAAGAAUUAGAUGAAGUUGUGGGAAUUAACAACGUUGUAGAAGAGUUCCAUUUGCCGAAGUUGCAAUAUUUAGAUGCUGUCCUAAAAGAAACAUUUCGUUUGCACCCAGCACUUCCUCUGUUAGCACCUCAUUUUUCUAGCCAAUCUUGCAUACUUGGUGGCUAUACCAUUCCUAAGGGCACUACAGUUUUCCUAAAUGUUCAUUCUAUCCAUAGGGAUCCCCUUCUUUGGGACAAUCCCUCAGAGUUUAGGCCUGAGAGGUUCUUAAAUAGUGAUGAACAUAUCAAAUUCGAUUACUCAGGGAACAAUUUUCAGUACCUACCGUUUGGAUCUGGAAGGAGGGUUUGUGCCGGAAUUCCCUUAGCAGAGAGGAUGUUGAUGUACGUUUUGGCUUCCCUACUGCAUUCAUUUGAAUGGAAAUUGACAUGUGAGACACAGUUGGAGUUGUCAGAAAAAUUUGGGAUUGUAAUAAAAAAAAUGAAUCCUUUAAUUCUUAUACCUAAACCUAGGCUCUCUAAUUUAGAGCUUUACUAAAAUGAAAGGAUUCAUCUGUGUUUGCCCUUUGGCUUGGCGGCUGAAUUUAUGUUUAUAUUAACAGUACUUGUACUUCUAAGGAGGAGAACAAAAAAAAAAAAAAAAAAAA